CCUAUUCAAAACUCCUAUUUCUCAACGCGUAUGUAGGCGCCAAUGUUUUCAGAUUCACUCGAGUGCCAGAUGACUUGGAAGGAGAUGAAUCUUAACCCUGUUGUCAUGGCUAGCAUUGCGAGGGCUGGACUUGAGAAACCUUCCAAUAUUCAAAAGAUGAUCAUGGAACCAUUCCAGCAGGGCAAAGACCUAAUAGCGCAAUCUCAAUCCCAAAAUGAUCGUACCAAUACCUUGGCCAUUGCCUUGUUACAGAAACUUUCCUCAGCAGCUUUGACCCAGAAGCACUGUCAAGCACUUGUCGUCUGUUCGGACGGUGUCAAGCCACAGAAGGUCCACGAAGAUUUCCAGAUAUGGUUCAAAGAAACUCCAGGACUGGAGGCUAUUCUCCUCACAACGGACAUGGCUAAGGAUACGGAUAAAACAUCCGUCCUUAUAGAUCCCGAACAACCCAAGCAAGUGGUGGUAACAACGCUUGGUCCGCUGCUGGAGGCAGUUAGGAAUAAUGUAUUAGAUAUGAAAGCUAUCGGUACCGUAGUGAUCUCGAUGCGAGUCGCAGAGUUGGUUGAUUUUGAUUCAUUCAAGCAAUUCUUGGGGCUUUUAGCGCGGGAUGCUCAAGUGAUUUUGAUGACAGGACGGAUCGAGCCCAAGAUUCAAGUGAUCAAAGAUCGGCACUUUAGAGCAGAUGCAGUUGUCCGGAGAGCAGAUGAACUAACAAUGCAGUGGAGUGAACAUUAUUAUGUAUCAAUUCCAUCCUCAUCAUCGCCAUCUUCUUCUUCAGCAGUAGUUGGCGCGAAUGAGAAAGAGAAAGAGAAAGAGAAGGGUGGAGAGAAAGAAGAAGAAAAGGAAAAGGAAGCAAGUGAUGAUAAGAAUCAGAAGGUUGAAUCGACAGCACCUAGAGAUCACAAGUGGGAGGUGUUGAUGCAGAUCUUGACGAAGAAUCCGAACAUUUCGCACACUGUGAUCCUAACACAGUCUCAGAGCACGACAGAAGCAUUGACGGCCAAGCUUGCUGCACACAAGUUGCCUGUACUCUCUGCUUGGAGUUUGGCGGAUAAUACUGAAGUGGCACGACAAUUCAAUGGUCCAGAUCCUUGUAUUCUGGUUUCUGAAUUGACUUUGAUGGACAAUCUAGAUCUGGAUUAUUCAUCCUUGAUGAUCAAUUAUGAGAUGUCCAGACGUGCUGCAUACUACAUAUCGUCGUUUGGUCCAUUUGGACGAUCAGGACUGCGCACAUUAGUGAUUAAUCUUUGUGAUCCAGGGCAGAAACAGACCCUGGAAGACAUUGAGUCCUUGUACGAUAUCAAGAUCCAGGAGAUGCAGGUAUAAGAAAAAAUAAAAAUAAAAAAAUUGAUCUUGGGCUCCACGAUUUCUUUUUCUUGUGAUUUUAAUCAUUCUUUCCCAUUGCUUUCUAAUCUACCUAGUUGGAUUGAUCGCCUCCACCGCCGAAGAAUUAUUGAUUAUUAUCUCAGUUUUGUUUUUUUUUCUUAG